GCAGUCAGCUGAUCAACGCCGCGCAAUCGCAGUUACAUUACUGCAUAGGCGUAAAAGAAGAAGUUUGCUGUUUUAAACGAAGCAUAAGUUUACAGCUGUGUGUGCAUAAUUGGAAAAAAAGUGAAUCAGAAGUAAAACGGGGAAAUUGGAUCACGAUAGAAUAUUGGAAUACCCGUUAAAUAUAUAAUCAACGAAAAAACUAGUGGAAAAUUUUAUUGCGUUACGCCAUGUUCACUGAUGUGAGGAAAGUACACCAGAUGUAUUGCAAAGUUCGUGCAAAAUGUCUGUGUUAGAAAUUUCUUAUCCACUCCGAAAUAAUAUUCACAUGUUCAUUCAAAAUAGCACAACGUUUAUUUUAAACAUACAAGCCACAACGUGAUAAGUAAUCUGUUUAGUUGAAGAAGGAAACAAUAUGUAUAAGUAUUAUACAUGGUUUUUUUUAAACAUCUUUUUUUUGGAUCCUGUAUAAAACUUCUAAUAGAAAAUAUUGCUACCUUUCUGGAAACUAACGAUCUAUUUGUCAAUUAAUUGACAAACAUGUAUACAUUCAAACCGUUUGUGUUCAUGAAGCAUGAAGCACAGAGUGUAGAACGUCCAAAAGCUAGAAGUGGACAUAGAAUAGUCUGUGAUCAUAAGAAUUUAUAUUCUUAUGGUGGAUUCAAUCCUUGUAUCUCUGAUACUGAUCCUGAUAUGCAAAAUGAUCAGACGUGGAUCUCUAGUAAACCACUUUUCAAAGAAGUUUGGAAAUUUAAUCUUGUUACACAACAAUGGAAACGCUUACCAGGUCAGGAUAACAUGCCCAAUGAAUUAGCAUCUAAUGCAGUGAUUUUAAGAGGCAAUGUUCUGAUGGUUUAUGGUGGCACUGGUGUACCAUUUGGACAUAGUUGUAGCAAUCAUCUUUAUGUGUGCAAUGUUAAUGAUGGUAGAAUGUAUAUAGUUCCUGCAAAGGGAGAUCUACCAGAACCUCAAUAUGGACAAGCUUUAAUAUGUCAUGGGUCAUAUUUAUAUACUGUUGGUGGUACUACAGGAUAUGAAUAUACUUGUGAUAUUCAUAGAUUUGAUCUUAGGACUGGUGUUUGGGAAACUGUUUAUAUAUGUUCUGGAAGAGAUCAGAGUGAACCUACGGGACGAUAUAGACAUGAAUUAGCUUUUGAUGGGAAACUUAUAUAUGUUUUGGGAGGUGGAACAGCUACAGAAGCAUUUGGUUUCUCAGAAAUUCCUGCCUUUGAUCUAGAAAUGAAUAAAUGGAUAAUAUUAAACACAUAUAGUGAUAAUGAUGAUAAUACAGUACCAGAACCUAGACGAUGUCAUGGAUCGGUGCAGUAUACAGAUGAGAAAACAGGCGUAACAUCAGUUGUAAUCUCAGGAGGAUAUAAUGGAGAUCAUGUCUUCUCAGAUGUUUGGAGAUUAGAUUUAAAUCUGCUACAGUGGACAUGUUUAAGAAAAUGUAUACUUCCCUGUCCUGUAUAUUUUCAUUCUGCAGCUCUUACUCCGGAAGGACGCAUGUAUACAUUUGGUGGUAUCGUUAAAGAAAAUAAUAAGGUUGUAAGGACAGAUGCAGUUCAUUCUGUUUGGUUGACAAUUCCUAAAUUAUCAGAAAUAUGUUGGCAAGCAUUAAUUCAUUACUGUCCAGACUUGAGGCACAAGUCACAAGAUGAAUUACUUCACAUGGGUAUACCUCUUAAAUUUGUGCAAAGAAUUGAUUGGUAUGAUGCAUAAUAUUUAAGAAACUUUUUUGAUAUUUGCUACUCAUUCAAAGCGUUACCACUCCGACCAUUGUUACCAGUUACUUAUUGCAUGAAUAUUGUAAUUAUUGAACAUUAUUGUCAUAAUUUAUUUAUAAUAUUUUUAUAAAAGAGGUACGUAGUGUGUUGGGCAAUUAAUAUGACAAAUAUUAUCAAUGGAUCACUUUCUUCGAAUUUACUUAUAUCGUGCAAUAUUUUACAUACUGAAUGAAAUUUUACACAUAAAAUAUAUGUAUUAAAAACAGGAAGAAAAUUCAUAUAAACAUAUAUUUACAAAUGAACACUAAUGUCAAAAAAAGAUUUCAAAUAAGUAUACUAAAGUUAAAUUUAAUUUCGAUAAAGAAGCGUUUAUAUACAUUUUUUUCUUUUUUUUGUUUAGUUAGCAAAUAGAAAUUGUAGCCAGAGUCUUGUCAAUAUAAUGCAAAAUACAUAAUAUUUUUAAAAUCUUUCCAUUUUUUUCUUUUAUUGUAAUUCGUUUACGUCUGCGAGUGAUCUAAAAUUGUAGACUCAAACAAUUCAUAUAAAGUUUUUUUUUAUAUAAAAUUUUACUUGUAGAAAGAAACGUAAAAUCCUUUUAUAUUAUAACUUCUUUAUCGAAAUUUGAAUUAUUUAAUUUACAUUUUUUAUUUUUAAUAAAGUAGAUUCUCAUAAUAAAUAAAGAAUCGGAUUACAUACCGUACAUUAUAUACAGUUGUUGGCAAAUAUGCUUAUUAAUUUAGUUGUUAUAUAAUGUCGCAACAAGAAUGCGUAUAAUACCGUAAAUUUUCAUCAUAAACUAUACAUAUACCUUCUUAGAAGGCUAUACUGUUUUUUUCUUUGUUAGCACGGCAAUAUCCUUCAUUAAAAUUCACUACAUCAUUGUACAUACAUUUAAAUAUAAAUAAGCAGUAAUGUAUUCUUUAAUAGAAGAAAUUAGCUGCACACUGCAACAUAAUAUAUCUUUAAGUGAAAAGAGAAAAAUUAAGUAUUAAAUAUAUGUGAAAAAAGACAUCGAAAAAAUGUUUUACUUUAAUUACAACAGUUGUUCAGUUCAAUAUGUCGAAGAGUAAAUUUAUGUCGUAUAUUAAUAUACUCGUUAUUUUUCAUAUAUUGCUAGAUCUUGAUUAUCCGAAAAUCUAUUAUCUAGAUAAAUAUCUCAGAGAAAGUAAUAGUAUUAAUGUAUAGUUUGAAAAAGCUAUGCAUUUAGCAGAAAGAUUGGGAAAACAAAAAUAAACAAAACUAAUUCGGAUAAUCGAAGUUAUCUAUUGAACUUGGUUAAAAUAAAAUUACUUAGUUAAAUAAAAUUCUUCUGAUUAUAGUAAAUAAUCAUUGUUUUGCGAAAAUAAAUUGUAUGGAUUAAUGUAGUCUUCAACCGUUAGAGGAAAAUUUUAUACGUUCAGAUACAGAUAAACAGUACAAAUGAUACACAAAUUUUUAGGCAAUAUAAGUUUACAUCUUCAGAUAAUACAGUUUUAUUCAGUUCAUGAAAGGAACUAUUCCUAAAUCUAAUUUUUAUACGAAGUAAUCUAAAUAAUUUUAUUCAAUACUUCUAUUCAGGGAAAUUGAAUAGCAGAAAGUGCUCCAUUGCAAACGAAAGCCUUUUUAUGAUGAUAUUAUUGAUAAGAAUAUUAAUUACACAAUAUCUAUUUAUUAUCUAUAUCAUAUUACAGAUUAUUAUUUUUUUAAUAAAUAUAAGCUGGCCUGCGGAUAUGAAUAACGGAUUAACAGAAACCAGUAAUGAAAAUAUAACUUAUACUUUUUUAGUAAUAUUUUAGUGAUAUUGCAAGCUAAAUUCAACAUUAUGAAUCGUAGUUAAAUUCAAAAUCUAUUCUCAAAAUUCUCAUUAUAUUAAUUCACGUUUAUGUAUUGAUUUAAGUUAUAUCUAAACUAUGAAGUCUGCAUAGAAAAGAAGUAUCUGAAUAGUUUCAAAAAAAUGCUAAAGAACGAAUGUUAUCGAAUAUUUAAAAUAGAAAAACGAGAAAAUUCGUUAAGAAAUUGAAAUGAUCUUUUAUAGGAAUUCUUCUUCACUUUCAAUAGAAAAAGGAAAACUCUGAUCGCUUCUCUUCUGGCACAAAACAAUAUGAUAUAGUAUGUUGCCUUCCUCUGCAUUUGCAGUUUCUCUGAAGUAGAACUUCAUAUCAAACAGACGAUGUAUUUGCGUACCAAUUUCGGAGUACAAAAUAGCUUAAAAGUUACUUUAAGUACGCAAUGCAGAAUGCAUCCAAUUAUUAUUAAUAGGCAUGAUUAUCGAAAGAGGACUAGGGGAACAAACGAUGGUAAAGAAAAUGAUAAAUUGCGCGUGAAUUUGUAUAAAAGGAACUCUUGCCUUAAAAUUAGAUAAGCUAAAUGCAUUCAGGUUUGUAUGCGACACGUCAAUAAUUGCAUUACAGUAAAAAAAUUUUUUAUUGACGUUCCAUACAAAUGAAUUGUAUCGACAUAUGAAAAAUCACGCGAGUUAUACUUAAGUAGACACAAAGGUUGUUUCUCUUCUCAUAUUGUUCAAUUCUCGGUGCUAUUUAUCUAAAUUUAAGAAGACGAUUGUCAUAGACGAUCGUACAUAUUAACAAAGAUAGAUUGUAAAUAGGAAAUUGAAUACAGUCAAGCUGAUACUCUUAAUCCUGUUUAUUUCUCUUCACACACCCUUUAUAUUAUAUCUAAAAUAAUUAAUGUACUGAAGAUGCUUAUGAAUUCUAUGAUCAAAAAGUUUGUGUAAAAAGAAUACUCUUCUUUGAUUGAAAAUUGUAAAUGUUGUAAUUACACGUGAAACAAAUGGUUGACAAUGCACAAAUGUAUCUAGAAAAGCAAUAUAACGAAAUACUUUGUAACAAUUAUAUCGUUAUGAACAUUGUAUGUAGUUGAAACUGCUCUAAUUGUAAGUGCUAUUCUCUAUAGUACUCUACGACUUCAUAUUAACCCAGGAUUACCCAUGUGAGGGUCAAGUGCCGGGACUAGAAUCCAGGUAGGUAAUUCCGGGUUAACCGGGUCGCCGGGAUGUACCUGCGCUAGACCCCCAGGUGGGUAAUCCCGGAUUAAACGACGUUAUCCCAAAUGAGGUUUCAGAAGUUUUCAGACAGAUGUGCAAAGACUACGUUGAAAUCUAAAUUGGUACAUUAACGAAGCAAUUAAGAUCUCAUUUGACGGUCUGGAUGUUAAUUCCACUUGUUGCCUUUAUCUUAUUAAUAAUAACAGUGAAAGUAUUUUAUAGUAUGCGCGUUUGUUUUCGUGCCUUUAAAUGCGUGUACACGCGUUCAUAAUGAUCGCUAAAUGUCAACGACGAGACAUAUACUUAGGUAUCAUUACGUCUGCUCAUAGAAUAUCGAUAGACUGAUAACAUUUCUUAAUAUCUUAAUUGUUCUAUUAAUAAUGUGAACAGAUGCGAAAAAGAUCAUAAAGAAGAAAAAUAUUCAAAAUUAUGAUGUCGAUGAGAUCAAAUACGUAAGAUUAUAUUUCUAAAUAUUAGAGUUAAACUAAGUAGAUAUAUAAAUUAAUGUUUGUAUCUUUUGGUUGUAUUCGAACUAACAAAAAUACGCAAUAUCCCUCUCUGCGCAAAUAAAAUAUAUUUUACAGACGUACAAUUGUGAUUAAUUUCUUAAAUAACGGGCCGCAAAGAUAUUGUAAAUGAAUUUUCGUUGCAAAAACAAGUGGAAACCUUUUGUUAUACACUUAAUAAUAGGUCGUUGUAAUUUAUAGCUAUUGUACAGUAUAAUAAUCAAUGGAAAGAUAAAGAAACGCUACGUAAACUA